GCAUCUACGUCUGUGCCAAGUGUGGCCAUGAGCUGUUCUCCAGCCGUGCCAAGUACGAGCACUCGUCCCCCUGGCCAGCCUUCACCGAGACCCUCCACGAGGACAGCGUGGCCAAGCGCCAGGAGCGCCCGGGGGCUCUGAAGGUGUCUUGUGGCAAGUGUGGCAACGGGCUCGGCCACGAGUUCCUCAACGACGGGCCGAGGAGGGGCCAGUCCCGCUUCUGAAUAUUCAGCAGCUCGCUGAAGUUCCUCCCAAAAGUGAGGAUUGAUGGCUGCCUCCAAAG